AUGCCGCUUUCCGACAAGGAUGCAGUAAAGGCAAUCAGAGCCAGAUUCGAACCGCUAGGAAGGACCGCUUUCAGCCUGGUCUACGCGGAAAAGGGCAACGCCGAGUCGGUCCUAAAGGCCGAGGGCUUUUGGAUCGACGGCGAAGUGUACGACAAGCCGGCAUUUGCCAAAGAUACAAGCAACCACCUGAAACGCGAAGCUAUGGUUUACGAUACACUCGGGCCGCACCCACAUAUCACGGCCUGCCUUGGCCUCGAACUGCUUCCCGGAACGAACGAGGCUUGGGCGCUACGGCUCGAGCGCUCUCCUUGGGGCGACUUACGCACCUAUAUCAUGAAUCACAGCGCCCCCGACAUAUGUGACCGGUUAAAGGUGGCCGUAGACUUUGCAAGCGCCGUGCAAUACCUCCACGACCGUGGCGUCAUCUGGGGCGAUCUUUCGACACGGAAUGCUCUUGUCUUUGAUCAUCUCCAUGUCAAGCUCUGCGACUUUGCCGGCUCAAGUCUGCCGAAUGUCUAUCCUCACACCUACUUCUCAUACGAGCCCCGCUACUGGCCACCCAUGCCGGUCGCCGAGGCGCCUGCCGAUGGGACAGUGGAGCUAGAGUUGUUCGCCCUCGGAACUGCAAUUUGCGAGAUCACCCAAUGGGCUGUGCCGUACGGUCGCCCUGGCGAAGUCGAUGAUGAAGCUGUUCAGCGGAAGCUGGCGCGUGGCGAAUAUCCUCGCGUGUCGGACGAUAAUCCUGCCCGAGAUAUCAUAUGGAAGUUAUGGCAUUUCAACUACCGUUCAGCCCAAGACGCCGCAAACGAUUUAAAGGCCAUCUUUCACAACCUCACCUCAUGCCGUCCUACUUCUCUAAAGGAAGGCCACGAAGACUCGCAGGUAAGCUUGACGAGGUUGACCAAAGCCAUCAUUCUGUAUAACGCAUUCGCUAACUAA